UGACUCCUGCCAAGAUGUCCUGCCAGCAGAACCAGAAGCAGUGCCAGCCUCCCCCCAAGUGCCCCUCCCCCAAGUGCCCCCCAAAGAGCACAGCACAGUGUCUGCCUGCAGCCUCCUCCUGCUGUGCUACAAGCUCUGGGGGCUGCAGUGUCCCCAGCUCUGAGGGAGGCUGCUUCCUGAGCCACCACAGGCACAGGUCCCACAGAUGCAGGCGCAGGAGCUCCAGUUCCUGUGACCGUGGCAGUGGCCAGCAGUCUGGGGGUUCAGGCUGUGGCCACAGCUCUGGAGGCUGCUGCUGACCUGGAUCUUGAGGCCGAGACAAGAGAAUUUGGAGGAAACUGGAAUCCCAAAGGCCAAGGAAAGCACAGCCUGUCUUGUCUUGUCGGUUCCUGGAGUCCCUUCUCUGCCUGUCAGAUGCCCAGGGCCCCCAGC